CUUGCCCGGUGGCCGCGCUGAGUGACAGACUGAGACGGGUGCAGCUACAGAGCGGAGAUGUCUCCGGCGGUGAAGUUUCCUCUGCAGCCCGAGCCGUUACCGUGGCGAAUAGUCCGCAGCGCCGAGUUUCAGCCGUCUGUUGACCCUUUGCCGAGUACAAGUGACAACGUUAACACCUCUUCUGGUGGCCAUCCAGAAUAUGUUGCCUUCUACUUGGUUCCUAUUUUCUUCAUCAUGGGUUUGCUUGGCGUACUCAUCUGCCAUAUUCUUAAAAAGAAAGGCUAUCGCUGCACCACAGAAGCCGAGCCCGAGGAGAAAAUCACUGUAGAGAAAAUCGAGACACAAGAAAGUGUCCGAGACACAAAUAAUGACACUGUCGGGCAGAUUGUGAGCUUUAUAAUGAACAAUGAAGCGAAUGCUGAUGUCCUGAAAGCCAUGGCUGCCGACAUCUCAGCGAUGGGAGAUAACAGCAUGUUUGAUCCAGAAAGCCCAACAACACCAAACACUCCUGUGAGCCCGACGUCUCCAACUAGUCCAGCCUCUCCGGGCGGAACACCAUCCAAGCAUUCCUGUCGCGGGCACCAUCUUCAUACUGUCGGGGGAGUGGCAGAGAGAAACGCGUGCAGUCGAUGCAACAACAAACGCUGGAAUUUAAUCAGGUCGCCACUGAAAUCUAAAGAGUCAAAGAAAAGCAGACAAGGAGCCGUCACAGUCCUUUCUGUAGGGAGGUUCAGAGUCACAAAGGUAGAGCCCAAGUCUAAAGAAAGGAAGCGGUUAAUGUCUGACGGAAGAGACGCAACAAAUGGUGAAGUGCCAUCUACACCCGUCAGUGUGGACACCAGGCAGAGAAGCAGCUCAGAGACAGAGAAUCCGAGCACGGUGGACACCUGAAGCGUUGCGGUUCUUCCAAGGGAUCAGCAGCACUUGGGCCAUUUGAGAAGAGACUGAGGAGGAGGUUUUAGAAAAUCAUUUCAAGCGGAGUUGUCCUGGCGCACGGCCCGUGUUCAGAACGCGUCAGUCUUCUCUUUUGAGUAGUACAUCGAUUUUGGAUAAAUAAAAGGAAAUGUAUACAUUUUUAAAUAGGAUGCUUCUACGGAGGAAAGCACAUUUUUACAUUGUAUAUAAAUGCUGUCUAGUAGUACAACACUACAUGUAUAUAUAUUAAUCAGAAUUAGUGUAUAGUAACGUUCUGGACUAUUACAUUGUGUAGAGUUCACGCUUCUGGAAGUAAACUUACUGCUGUCUUAGGCUGUGUUCACAUCAGGUUAAUGGCCUCCAUAUAACAUAUCCGCCAGGACGUGACGGGGGUAUCUGUCGUUUUAACUAACUGCUGACAUGUCAUAAUGACAUUACAGAAGUUUUGAUCAGUGAGGGUCUGGGUGAGAGAGUGUAGAGAGCAGAGUGCUGCUCCACGGAAAGUGUAUGGACGUUCCAUGAGGCCUCGUUCACACUUCAGUGUUUAGUCAGUGAUUUCCAUCAGUGAUUUGUGAGCCAAAACCAGGUGCAACUCUAAACACAGAACAGGAGCAGAUCUUUCCCUUCUACCUCAUGUCUGUGGAGGCUCCACUUCUGGUUUUGGCUCAAAUCACUGAUGGAAAUCACUGACCAAACACUGAAGUGUGAACGAGGCCUGAAUCUGUAAGCUACUUGCAGAAGAGCCGAGCAUAGCUCAACAGAAAUGAAGGGCCACAGCUUUUGCAUCUUUUAUUUUUUUUUAUUUUUUAGGCCAGACACAGACCAAAGACUUCACUGUGAGAAAACUCCCUUCCUCUUCUGACCGGAUCACACAGCAUUAUAUUAAUUUAUAGUGUUGCAUGUCCCUAUUAGACCUGGAAUUGAUUAAAUUGCACUGACAUAAUGCGGUCAUUGUAAUUCAGUAGAAGCAAGACCAUACAGCAUUGUGAAUCAGUAAAAUGCUGUGCGGUCAGCGGAGCAGAAGUCAGAAAGACUCGCACUGAGACGCAGUGAGUUUCUCACAUUGAACUCGUUCAUCUGUAUCUGGCCUUAACCAUUGGUGGGGGUCUCGGCACUUUAGAAAUGUCAGAAGUUUGUUAAAAUGAUAGUCAAGCUUGAAACUUAUUUUUUAUUUUUUUCUUUCAAUAUCACUAUUUGCCAUUGAAUGGAAUAGUGUUGUCUACUUCACAUUUCCAACUAUUGUUUUUGUUCUACGGUAUAUUAGUUUCGUGGAAUACUGAUGUGUACCAGCCAAAAGACCACUCCCAACAUACAUGCUGUGCGGAUAUCACAACCCUGUUGUGAACCAUGCCUUAGACAAUCACCUGGAAAAGCUGUAUGGAAUAAAGCUGCCAUUCAGUUUGAAAGAGGUGCCUUUUUUAAUGUAGCAUCCUGCCAGAAAAUAUGAUUUAUAAUUAAAGGAGUUGUGAAGCCUGAUUAAAAACAGAAAACAAAAAAACUAAUGGGUGGCAGGAGUGUGUUCAAGAAUGUGUUUUUUUUUUUUUUUUUUUUUUUUUUUAAGAAUAGUCUUUCAAAAUGCCAUCCGCUCUAGUGCUGCAGAAUCCCUCGUUCCCUGCCGGACCUGGGGUGACUGGGACCUGUUUUUGGUCACGAUCGCUAAAGCCACUCGCUGGCCUCAGUGGUCACAUUUGGGAGAGUGACUCGUCAUUAGAAAUGAUGUGCUUUUCUUGUGCUUGUUAUUGCUGAGGCCAUUGACACAGCGAUGUCAUAAGCAAGAAUCGUGGGACCAUUGGGAGCCGCAGCUCUGGAACGGAGGGCGCUUUAAAAGGUGAGCGAGUUUUAUCUAUUUUUGGACAUAGUCCUGUACCCAUUAUUAAUAUUAUAUAUAUUUUUUUUUAUGUUAAUUAGUGAAAGUGUGUAAAUAUAUAUCUUACACCUG